AUGAAUGAAUCUUCGCCCACUGGUGAUUCACCAAACCCCCUUACGGGUAUGGAGGAAGCCCGCUGUAAUAACCUAGGAACGAAUUUCAGAGAGAAAAUGAGAUAUAUUCGUGCGCAUGAACGGUCUCUCAUCCAAGAGCCGCAAAGUGCCAGUGCGAGUGUGACACCUUCGUCUGCAGGCGACAUUGAACCGUCGCAAUCUGCUCCAGCCAGAGAUACGGUUUCACCCUUAAAUGUACGCGUGGAUAAAGAACCCACUACGCAUCCGGCCCAUGUCGCUGUGACGAGCGAAGCCCCAAGCACAUUUAUUGCGCCCCAGGCGCUACAUUAUACACUGGAAAAUCCAGUAGAAGCGGCAGAAUUACUUGCAGAGUCCCAACCAAAUCUUGCUGGAGAGAUAGAUGUUCCGGAGGUUGUCGCAGAACCAAUAGGGGAACACCUAGCAGAAUUGGAACCGCCCGCUCCUUCCAUUGAAGAAGCUCCAGAAUCACAAUAUGUAGGCAUUCAACUGGGGCCAAUGGAAUAUGCUAUUCCUCUGUCAAUGGACCCCAGAGUAAAGGAUGACUAUGAUAUAACUAUUUCUUCUAACAACAAGAAUAUUCUUAAAUUCCUGGAGGACACUUCAUUGUUGGAAACAGGCAGGAGUACUGCUUCAGAGUAUGACACGCAUGUCUUUAAGAUGAGGAAGAUGAUUUAUAGGCUGAAUAACAUAACAACGCAUCCUGACUUGAAUGACCAACCGGCUGUCCCAGGAGCUAAUCCCGCCAAAGAAGCCGCAUGGGCCGAAUAUUCGAGCUCGAAGUUCCAAUUUCUUGGUUACUUGAUCGAUGUGGCCAGAAAUGAUGAUUUUCACAUUAUUAUCGUUGCGAAAACAGAUAUGGCUGUCAAGAUCGUGGAAAAUUACCUUAUAGGCAAGGGAUUUACGCACACUCAACCUGCGGCGGAUUCCUCAGGUGAUACUGAACUAUCUCUUUCCAGGGGCCAGCUCAGCUUUGCGGUCCGAGUGGCAACAGAUGAGAGAAUAUCGCAACCAUACAAAACUCCGGUCGCAAUCAUUGCCUUAGACAAUUCUUUUGAUGCAGAAAACCCAGCAAUUCGCCAAAUAAGAUCGAAAUUUUCGCCCACUGAUUCCCUUUUACCAGUUAUUCGCCUGCUUGUCUCUAAUACUCUAGAACACAUUGAAAGAUGCUUGCCGCAAACAUCAGAACUGACUAAACUUCAUCUUCUCGUCAAAUGCACUCAGGAUCUUAGUGAUACAGCUGGAGAACUUCAAGACGACGCCCUGGGAGCUCAAGAAAAUGCUGUAGAAGUUGCCCUCUAUUUAAGAACGGAGCCUUCAGCCCGCGUUUGGCCUGUUGCAGCUGUUGAGUUGAUACCCGUAGAGACACCAGAGGGGACUCCAAUUGUCUUGGAAGCAGCGCAGAUUCGAUCCAUGACGUCUUCUGGCCAAAAAAGACUGUUGGAAAAUGAAGGGGACGAAGAUGGCAAUCAAUCCAAGAAACAAAGAAUGACACCUUUCCAAGACAUUACCCACGUCAGCGAUUCGAUGAAGGGUCAAGCACAAACCCUAGAUGAAGUCAACUCCCACCUCAGUGAACUGAGUCUGGUUAAAGCGAAAAACGCCAUGGAAUUCGAAGUUAGUCAACUUCAAAUUACGUUAAAGAAUAUGCAAGCGCGCCUGGAAACGACGGAAAAGAGCUUCUCGAAACUUCAACACCGGUAUGAAACCAGACUAAACAAUUACCAUAAAUUGCGACAAGAGCUCGACCAAGUCCUUGAAGCGUCACAGAAAUCUUCGGAUCGUCUCGAACGACAAAAAAUAGAAAUUGCCAAGCUCAAAGACGAUAAAGCAGCUUUAACUAAGGAUCUAGAGGAUGCCAGGAACACUAUAAAGGAGGGAGGAGGCACGGAUGCAGACCUCGAAAAGGCCCGCGAGGAGGUGCGCCGCCUGACGAAGGAAAAUGCCAGCCUCCAACGAACUGUCCAACAAGAACGUUCGCAAACAGAAUAUACACGACAACAAUACCAAAACGCCUCCACAGCCGCGGCCCAAACAGCUAUGGAGCUUCGCCAGCUCGAGGAAGAGAUAGGCGAACUGAAGUUAAAGGCAACUGCUGACUUGGCAAAGUUAAAGCAACUGCGAUUGAAAAGCGACGAACAAACGCAUCUUUCGCGGAUCGAGGAGCUGGAAAUGAAGCUAUCACAGAGGGAUGAGAUGUUGAAUCGGAAGGAGGAGGAGCUUCGAGAGAUGAAGAAAAAUCGACCGUCGACGAGGGCAACUAGUCUGCAGCCUCGCAGCCCGAAAUGGGGGGCCAGUCGGCCUGCGAGUCCCGGCCCGAUUAAUGUUGGUGGUGGAAGUAUUCGGGGUAGUGCGUUGAGGUUUCCGUGCUGA